UGGCAGCCUUCUCCUUCUCUCCCUCCUAAAGAAGCAGAAGCAGCAUCCAGUUUGGAGAGCCAUCUCUCUCUCUCUCUCCUCUAAGUCCAGUCUGCCUGCCUGCAACAGAAGAGAGAGGAGCAAAGGCAUCCCUUGGUCCUCCUUUGGAGAUGGACAGAUUGGUCUUUGGGCCUGAAGAGGAGGAUUUGCACCCAGAGCCUGGGUUAAAUAGGAUUGCCUAGGAAAAGAAGCAAAGGGUCUCCCAACAGUGCCCGAAAAGUCUCCAUCUCCAUAAGCUGAACUGUCAUUGGGCUCCUCCAGAGAAUCCGAAAUUUGGGGGAGAUGCUUUUAGAGAGCGAAGCACAACAUCUCCAUCUCUCCCGCCGUCUCACUGCAGGUACCUUCCUGAGCCUUGCUCCCCAGGCGCUGCAUUUUCUCUGAAAGAAAGAACACGUGUUCCGAUUCUGCUGAAAACUGGGUCAAUUGAAUGUGGGAAGUGAGAAGGCCUGAACUUUCCAUAUGUUUCUAAACCAGUCCUUUAUGAUAAAGAUAGCAGAGCAUUUCCAAAAUUAACGAAAACCAGAUCUUGCCUCCAUAAGGCGGUUGGCAGGAAACUCACUUCCCACCUUGGAUGUAUUUUUGUUUCCAGAGGAGGAGCGAAAUAUAUGCUUUUCCAGCCAGGACAGAUUGCAGGUAAAUAAAGGUAGGAACAACAUAAAAUCAAGAGGAAUCGGUUGUGGUAAAGCUGUGCAAUGGAAGUUUCUAAUGAGAAGUACUUUCCAAUGUAAGGAGAGGACUUCAGCAUCUUGUAGGAACCAUCCAAGACGUACAAGAAAACUCCCAAGUCCACAGAGACCAUGGACAAGACCUGAAUAAGCAAUGACUGAGGCCUACUUCCGAAUCCGUGGAAAUCUGAGUGGCCGUGCCCACCCACCCCCCACCCUUACCACAGAAGUGACCUCCGCAGAUAAAUACUCCAACCUGUACAUGUAUGUUGGGCUGUUCCUGACCCUCUUGGCUAUCCUGCUUAUCCUCCUCUUCACCAUGCUGCUGAGGCUGAAGCAUGUCAUCUCCCCCAUCGCCACAUCUCCCGAGAGCACUGAGAACAUACCGCAGUUCACAGACGUUGAAAUGGAUGGUCGGAUCCCAACUCCUUAGGGACCAGACACAAGUGGCCACCAAGGAGACAUCUAUGAGGGGAAGCUUAAUUCAGAACAUGGAAAUGAAGGAAACCUCUAGGUCCGUGGAAAUCCCAGUAGGCCUUGAAGGGUGACAGACAGUCGGCUGUGUCUCCAGAUUCUGCAUCCAUGAUUUCAGCCAACCACAUUAAAAUAAUCAUUUUUCCCAUUUUAUAUAACACCCUUGUAUAAUAAUGGGACUUGAGCACCAAUGGAUUAUCCAGGGCAGAUCUUCAAAUCAAACCCAAGCAAAUACCAAAGACACACAGUUUAUGAUUUGCCUUCAGAAUGUAACCACACAUCCCACAAGUUUAACCUGCUAUUAGGAACUCCAACUAAGAUGUGCUGUGGGUUUGGUUUCAAUUCAACAUUUGACCCAUGGAUAUAUGGGUCAAUAUGACUUGACAGUGCUUUGAGAUCUUGCACCAUUCUCCAAAAUUGUUCAAGGCAUCUGUUUGCUUUAUUUCAAAAGUAUUGCAGAAGAUCUACAGAAGUAAAAUGGAAGGUUCCUUGAAGACUUUCUAGUAGUGAAUAAAGGCAAAUGGACCACCAGUCAAGACAUUGCAGUUGAACAUUGGAGUCCAAGGAAGCUACACAAGCAUUCAACACUGGAUGAUGUGAUACAAAUUGAAACAUUUCCCCAAUAACUCCUUUUCAAUACAGGAUAUGGAAACUGAAGGACAGAUGGUGUAAUUUUAGAACUCAUGGAUGGAUCCCAAGAGAAUCCAUACUCAUCCACAAACGUAGAGUAGCACAUGCCACAAGAAGUUCUACUGAUUUGUUUUCCAACAGAUUUGCAAAAAUCCAACUUGCCAGAAAGACAGAAAUAUACAUUCCAGUCUAAGACUGCCUUCCAAACAUGGGUCUCCCAUAUCUGGCAUGGUUUCCUUGCUCACUUGGAUCUCAAGAGCCGGUCCCCAUUUGGACAGACUGGGUUUUCCCAGCGAAAUGGACCUGGGAUGCAGGAUGGUUUUGCAUUCAUCUGGACGUUGUUCUCCAGACUGACUAUAGUGGAUAUGGGACUUGUUGGUGGACAAUAUUCUAGGUGGGAAUUCGACAGAUCCAUCUGAUUAGGAUCAGAACCUGGGAAUGUUACUUUGUGGGGACUAUACCUCCCAGAAUCAUGGGGGUUUGGGGACUUGAAGUACAAAAAGAAAUUUCCCCCGAAAAGUUUAGAUCCAGAAUGAUUUCCACUGUGAGGAAAGGGUAGAUAAGAGUGGAAAAUUUCUACACUUUUUGUGGUGGCCCCCCAAAAUGGAUGUAUCAUUUUUCUGGGUUCGAUGGGGCCAAUUAUAAAAGUUGUACAAGGUAAUCUCAAUCCUUUGCCAAGAAAACCCUAUUGAUAAGAGU